AUGACGCAACAUCCGCAGCCUGUUCUCUGUGUGCUGCUCAGCUUGGCUUUGGGAGUUUGCUCGAAACUUUCUCCAUUUGCCGCGCAGCACCUGGAGUUGUCUCUGAACGGGAAAUGGCGGCUGUCGAGCUCCAACGGGUCUCUGUCGCUGCCGGCGCAGGUGCCUGGCUGCGUUCACUCGGCGCUGCUGCAGCAGCGGUACAUCCAGGACCCAUAUUUCAGGUUUAAUGAUUUAUCAUAUCGAUGGAUUGCACUUGACAAUUGGACGUACACAACUACAUUCACCGUUUCUUCCCAGAUCAGGGCCAAGCAGAAGGUGCUUCUUGUUUUUGACGGUGUGGACACCGUUUCCUCCAUCUCACUUAAUGGGAUUGUUGUCGGGAGGACGGAUAACAUGUUUCGUAGAUAUGACUUGUCAGUCAGGGACCUGCUGCAGGAUGGUGAUAAUCUUCUGCAGGUUCGUUUGCUCUCACCAGUCCUUUACGCCUUGGAGCGGAGGAACGCUCACUCGUCCUACAGAGUGCCCCCCGAGUGUCCCCCGGAUGUCCAGAAGGGGGAAUGCCACGUCAAUUUCAUUCGAAAAGAGCAGAGCUCGUUCAGUUGGGACUGGGGACCCUCGUUUCCCACAGUGGGUUUGUGGAAAGACGUUCGACUGGAGGUGUUUGAUGUCUUGCAACUCAUCCAGCUUUCUUCUCUUCCCUUGUACAACCACAGUUCCUCACAGUGGAGGCUGCAGGUUGAGCUCCUGGUUGAUGCCGUGCCGAGCACCAGUAGCCAAGUGGAGCUCUCGUUAUCAGAGCUGGACUCAGAGCGAACCGUCCACACACAGUUUCUGCAGGGACGGCUAAAGUACAGCUUCACCGUACACAUCAACCAGAGCAGCAAGGUGGAUCUUUGGUGGCCCAGUGGACACGGCAGUCAGCCUUUUUACCAUCUCACUGCCAGAGUAUUUCAGGAUAAAGAUUUAAUCCUGAGCUCAAAGUCGAAGGUGUAUUUUCGCACAGUGGAUCUGAUCCAGGAACCAAUUGUUGGAUCUCCAGGGUUGAGCUUUUAUUUUUGCAUAAAUGGGAAACUGAUUUUCCUCAAAGGCUCCAACUGGAUCCCAGCUGACUCCUUCCAGGACCGAGUCAGUCCUGCUGUUUUAAGGAACUUGCUUCAGUCAUCAGUGGAUGCUAACAUGAACGCCCUCAGAGUCUGGGGAGGUGGAGUAUACGAACAGGAUCUGUUCUACAGCAUCUGUGAUGAGCUGGGGAUCAUGGUUUGGCAGGAUUUCAUGUUUGCCUGUGCCAUGUAUCCCACUGAGGACGACUUUAUUCAGACAGUGAGGGAAGAGGUCAUCCAACAGGUCCGGCGCCUGAAGUCUCAUCCCUCCAUCAUAAUUUGGAGCGGGAACAAUGAAAAUGAAGCUGCAUUGGCAACCAACUGGUUCAACAUCCCAGCUUCCCAGACGCCAACAUACAUCAAAGACUACGUGAAGCUUUAUGUGGACAACAUUAGAACAAUUGUACAAGAGGAGGACCAGAGUCGUCCGUUUCUUGUAUCCAGUCCAACUAACGGGGCAGAAUCUGAGCAGGAGGGAUGGGUGGCAGCAGACCCCUAUGAUCCUCACUUUGGAGACGUUCAUUUCUACAGCUACAGCCUUGAUUGCUGGGACUGGAGAACAUUUCCUCGGACCCGCUUUGCCUCUGAAUAUGGCUUCCAGUCCUGGCCUUCUUUCUCCACUCUGCAGCCGAUUUCUAUACCAGAAGACUGGAGCUUCGACAGUAACUUCACCUCCCAUCGUCAGCAUCACAACAGUGGAAACCAGCAGAUGUUGCAGCAGGCUGCUCUCCACUUCAACUUACCAAACUCUACUGAUCCUCUAAAAAGAUUUAAAGAUUCUAUCUACAUCACUCAGGUCAUGCAGGCGCAGUGUGUGAAGACUCAAACAGAGUUUUAUCGCCGGAGUCGAAGUGAAAUCAUUGAGGGCAAAGGUCACACACUGGGGGCUCUUUACUGGCAGCUCAAUGAUGUCUGGCAGGCUCCCUCCUGGUCAUCAAUCGAGUUUGGUGGGAAAUGGAAAAUGUUGCAUUAUUUUGCUCAGGACUUCUUUGCUCCAGUCGUUUCUGUUGGUUUUGAAGAUGAUGACACGCUGUUUAUCUACGCCGUCUCUGAUCUGAGUCGUGACCUGAAGCUUAGAGCUGUGGUGAACGUGUACUCCUGGUCUGACCUGGACUCAGUUUGUACCUUGACAUCGGAUCAGCUGCUGGUGUCAGGGGGCAGUGCAGCAGUCAUUUUUAAAAAGCCACUUGCUUCCCUGCUGUCAAGAUGUGGCCGCUGCACCCGCCUUACCUGCCUGCUCAGCUUCCACCUGGAGGAUGAUCGCAGCUUCCAGCAGGGCCCCACCAACCACCAUUUUCUCUGCUCACCCAAAGAUGCUCAGGGCCUCCAGAGACCCAAUAUUACAGCAAAGGUUCAAGAGGAUAAGUCGGGCUUCAUGGUCAUCCUCCACUCUGACUCUGUGGCUCCUUUUGUCUGGCUCGAUGUUGAAUAUGUUCCAGGGCGUUUCAGCUCUAAUGGUUUCCUGAUGCUUUCAAGAAACAAAACCAUCCGUUUUGAUGCGUGGCAGCCCACCAGCAUCGCAGAGCUGUCCCGAUCCCUCUCAAUCACAACUCUAAUAGACGUAUAUUGAACGGAUCAAUAAUCCUGGUUUCUUAAUGGCUGCUAUAUGUUUACCCCAAAGUGUCUCCGUUUUGACAUCUGCAGGAUUUUUGAACGCCUGUGGGAUCUUUCCAUACAACCAUUUUGAGUAUACAGUAGUCCCUCGCUACUUCACGGUUCGUUUAUCGCAGACUCGCUCUAUCGCGUUUUUUCA